AUGAGCCAGAGGGAGGGAAGUCUGGAAGACCCCCAGGCAAUCUCACUUCUUCCCCACCUGGAUGCUAAGAUCCGUCAGACUCACAGCCUUGCCCGCCUCCUCACCAAAUAUGCUGAGCAGCUUUUCCAGGAAUAUGUGCAGCACCAAGGAGACCCCUUCGGGCUGCCUGGCUUCUCGCCGCCGCGGCUGCCGGUGGCGGGUCUGAGCGCCCCGACGCCGAGCCACGCGGGCCUGCCCGCGCCGGAAAGGCUGCAGCUGGAUGCGGCGGCGCUGGACGCGUUGCCGCCGCUGCUGGAUGUCGUGCGCCGCCGCCAGGCGGAGCUGAACCCGCGCGCGCCCCGCCUGCUGCGGCGCCUGGAGGACGCGGCGCGCCAGUCCCGGGCUCUGGGCGUCGCGGUGGAGGCCGUGCUGGCCGCGCUCGGCGUCCCGGCUCGCGGGCCACAGCCUGAGCAGCCCCCGGCCGCCGCCGCCGCCGUCUCCACGGACGUCUUCCCGGCCAAGGUGCUGGGGUUCCGCGUGUGCGGCCUCUACCGCGAGUGGGUGAGCCGUACGGAGGGCGACCUGGGCCAGCUGGUGCCGGGGGGCCCGGCCUGA